CUGCGCCAAGACCCCGACAGAAUACACGUCUGUUAGAUAAGAUCGUAAUGAGGAUUUUAUAAAUGAGGAGUCUAUAUAAGUGAUGGAUUACGUUAUUAUAGUCAAAACUGGCGACCGCUUCCUCUCCGGCACGGAUUCCACAGUUCACAUUGUCCUCCACGGAAGCACCGGACAAGCCACGAAACCGGUCAUUUUGGAUAACAUUUUCCGAGACGAUUUUGAACAGGGUGCAUGUGACAAAUUUCACAUUAAUGACAAGGAUGUUGGUGAUAUUGAUUGGGUGGAGGUGUGGAAGGACGAAUUUGGGGUGGCGGCGGGGUGGUUUGUGGAGCGGAUCACGGUUGAAAAAAAAGAAAAAACCUUUCAUUUCCCGAUUUUGCGAUGGAUUAAGGCGCAUGCUCGCUAUCGAAUUCAGCACUUAGACACAUGCCUUCCACAGAAUUCCAGGUUUCCCGACCAGCGAGGUGAGGAAAUCGAGGAAAAGAGAAAAGUUUACGAAUUUUCGGUGAAAGGUCCAGGCUUACCUACCCAGGUAAACCAUUUCUUACUGGGAUUUCAGGCAUUUGCUUUAUAUCAAGAGUAUUAAUUCCGUAGAACGGGAGUUUUCCUCAUUUCAUUGUAUGACGUCGUCUUGUUUUGGAUACUAUGUAUCAAACAUUCCCGAAGUUCCUGGUUACAUUAUAGUGUAGAUUUAUUACAUCUUUUGAUAUACAGUGCUUAUGCAACUGGUUACGUGAAUAUCUGCAUGAACAACACAACAUGCAUACUAAUCUCUACCAAUGUCAAAUCGUAUUGCCACUUCGUAUUAUAAAAGAUAGAAUAUAUGCUUUGUUAUUUUCGGUAAGAUACAUAAUAUUAUAAACACUUGCCAGUUGUACAAAUACUGCUUUCAUAGAAAAGAACUAAAUAUAUCCUUGAUACGUUUUUAAUCAGACGUGUAAAACACCAUUAAAAUAUUUAGUACUUAAUAAAUAGAUGCAUUACAAGGCGUAUACGAAGUCCUUAUAUCUGUGCGCAUUCCCCCCAUCUUCCGCACUUAUUACCUAUAAUUUGACAUACCGUUAAACACAUUUAUGUUUCGCUUCUCUCAUUAAAACUCCAAUUACAAGUCUAUCUGUAAGUCUUCAAAUUUUUCUAAAGGAAAUUAAAUAAUUUGGUAUCACGGCCUUGGCAAUCAAAUGGCAUUUACUUUUUCUACCGCGAAAAUAAGAGGAUGCAUAUGUAUUAGUUUAAUAAAUGAAAGUACAGACAUGAUCAGACAGAAACAGUACAAUUUAGACGUGAUUUUAGAGUUAUUCCGCACCAUUUCAUUUUGAAGGGUUUCGUUAAUGUUACCUCUGUAUUGUUCCACGUAACUUCAUUCAUAUUUAUUCUCUACUAGAUCGGCAAAAUAUUUUUUAUGGCGGCCCAAUUUUAAUCGCUUUAGAACAACAUUUAAAUUUCUACAUGCCGGAUAUUUCCCCGAUUAUUGUAGUAGUUUGUAUUACAACACUUGACUAUUUUCAACCAGGUGGGUUAUGAUCUGACCUGCACUCUUAUAAAUCUUGGGUGCAUUAUCUGUUGGUCGCGAUACCGGAGGAUCAAUAACUCGAAGACUUGUCAUGAAUAUAUAAAGAGAAUCGACACAACUUUUUCACCCGCUUUCUUUGUUAGUUUGCAGUUUAAGGAUAUAUUCUUUACGUAAGGAUAAAUAAUGAGUAGCGCUUUAAACAGAGGACUACUCGGGUAAGUGAGACUACGCCAUGGGGAACUGCUGUGGUGCUAAUAAAGCUGAUUAUAUGGUGUAUGUUCGCACCGGGGAUCUAAAAGGUGCGGGAACAAACGCCAAUGUCAAAAUAUGUCUACAUGAUAGUGAAGGCAACGUAACCAAAGACAUAACACUGGAUAAUUUUUUCCGUGAUGAUUUUGAAGCAGGUUCUUUGGAUACAUUUCACGUGCCAGAACUGCAGAACUUUGGAAAUAUAAUAUCUGAAAUUGAAUUUUGGAGAGAUGACUCGGGUAUCGCGAGCGAUUGGUAUGUUAACAAAAUUUUGGUGGAGAAUCGGAAAACAAACGAUAUUUUUGUGUUUCCGGUGUACAGGUGGAUAAAACCAAACUAUCACUACAAAAUCGCCCACCUCGAUACAUCACUGCCUCAACAUGAUCAACAUGCAGAUCAGCGUAAAAUGGAAUUAAAGGAAAAAUCCAACCUGUAUCAACAAUGUGUAAAAGUAGAAGGGUGCCCUUCCCAGGUAAAAGCUAUUCCAGAUGACGAGCAAUUUUCCUUUGACUACAAAUGGAAUAUCGCAAAGAGAAAGUUGAAAAUGAUAGCAGACUCCAAGCUGCAACUUCUGACCCAAGGUGGAGAGUGGGAGGGUAUUCAGCACCUGACUAAGGUCUUCACCAAUGCCUUCGGAGAACCACUGGGCUGCAAGCGAUGGAGUAAUGACAUAUUCUUUGGUUGGCAAAGGAUAAACAGCAUGAACCACUCCCUGAUAAAACUUUGUACAGAAAUCCCGAAAAAGAUGGGUGUGACGGAUACGAUGUUGCAGCCCUUCCUAGAGGGUUGGCCUCUCCACCAGGUGAUCGAGGCCAAACGUCUCUUUAUCGUAGAUCUGGAAAUCCUACAGGAUCUCCCAUGUAAAAGUGAAGAAUUCGUGUGUCCAGUGCCGAUUGCCUUAUUUUUCGUGAAUGGUGACGGACGACUCAUUCCCAUUGCUAUUCAGUUGUUCCAACAGAAGGCCAAUGAUAAUCCUGUUUUUCUUCCGACAGACCCUCCCUACACGUGGAUGAUGGCGAAAAUGUGGUAUAACCUUGCGGAUGCUAGUUAUCACCAAUCCCUCACCCAUCUCGGAUACACACAUCUGAUUAUGGAAGGAGUCUGCGUGGCAUUUCACCGAAAUCUCUCGCAAUCCCACCCCCUUUUCAAACUCCUAGCUCCCCAUUUCUUGUAUCUCAUUGCCAUUAACACGCGUGGCUUAGAACUGCUGGUGGCUCCAAACGGAUGGGUUGACAAAACAAUGAACAUUGGCAUCAAAGGAAUGUUCAACUUGAUAGGCAGAGGCUUAAACCAAUGGCGAAUGGAUGUCCAUGGUACACUUCCGGAAGAUCUGAAAAAAAGAGGAGUUUACUGUAUCAAUGGGAAGGUUUUGCCCGGCUAUUUCUUCAGAGAUGAUGCGUUAUUGCUGUACGAUGCCAUAAAAAAUUACGUCACCAAAUAUGUAUACCUAUACUACGAUUGUCCAGAAAAAAUUGAAAAAGACUGGGAAAUACAAAACUUUGGCCGUGAGCUGACCUGUUCUCGCGAAGAGGGAGGAUGUGGUAUACUUGGUGUCCCGUUUGAUGGCAAAUUUGACAACCCAGAUCAGUUGAUAAUGGUGUUCACUUCCAUCAUCUACACAUGUAGUGUUGCGCAUGCGUCUACCAACUUUCCUCAGUACGACGAGUAUGCUUUCCCCCCAAAUUACCCUGCUUCCAUGAAGGGCAUGCCUCCCAAAAACAAGGGUGUGUUAACAGAGGCGCACAUUUUGGCGACUCUUCCAGACAAAAGGACGACCUUGGACAUUAUGACGGUGACGAAGAUCCUUAGUGACCGCGGUACAAAGAGUCUGGGCGACUUUGAAGUGCAAUACAUAUUUGAUCCAGAUGCCAAGAAAAUUGUCCAACAGUUCAGAGCUGAAUUAAAAGAAAUAAGCAUGGAAAUAAAAAGAAGAAAUGAACACAGAAACCCGAAAUAUGAAUGGCUCGAUCCAGAAGUGGUUCCGAAUUCUAUCAGCAUUUAAAGGGUACAGGGCAACUGCUUCCGGAACAUUUUUAAAACUAGUUAGUGCAAUAUAAUUACAGAAGGAGUCCUGCAUCACAAGCCGCAUUACUUUACCCUGGACCAAUCGUAUUUGAUUAUUACCAUUUUUAUAUAAAUUUUGUCAUGUACCUGUAGUUAGACUUUUUGUAAAUUUUAAAUACAUUUGUAGAACAAUAAAUUCUGAUUCCUAAA